AUGCCCCACCGAGUUACACAUCGCAGACGCUACAGGAUCUCUAACGAUAUCUUGAUGGUCAUAUUAGACAAGUUAAAUCCUGUCACAUUAUACAGGACUUGCCAGGCAUUUGACCGAGUAUAUGCCCUUGUCAAGGAGUAUAAACAUCUUUAUUACAAGUUUCUCCUUGCCACCGUCGGCAUGAAAGAUGGAGCAGCAUCCUAUAUAGGGCGUUCCCCUGUUAUAAGACUUCAGGUCUUACAGAGCUAUCAAUCAGAUUGGCCGAGGCUUAUCUGGACAGACGAGCAAAAACUUCGUGUUCCCAUUACUGCCACUCAAGUCGAUGUGUCUGAUGGGUUUUUGUACUACAUCGGGAUCCAAUCAUUGGACUUGGUGGAACUUCCCUCUUGCCGUACCAAUCGUCCUCCGUCUCAGACACGUCACUUGAGAUACAACACCAAUCAAUCGGACAGCGUGGCGAUCGAUACUUUACAAUCACUCAUUGUAACAGGCCAAGCUUACAGUGGCCCAGGUGGACAAAUUAGUCUCCGUUUAAAAAUUCGCAACCUCUGGAAUUUCGACAAGCACCCCAAAGCUCAAUCUGCUCAUUACGAUUGCUCCACGCAUAUCGCCCAGCCAACUUCGAAUUUAGCUAUUGUCAUAUCCGGAAACCGUGUUAUCGUCAGUCUUGAAUUCAUUAACGGAUUAACGAAGCAUUUACUUCUGGACUGGUCUACAUUGCAAGCUAUGUGGCUUGAAGAGCAGGACGUGGUUUUCCUUGGCUCUUACUUUUUACUUGGGGUCAGAAAAAUCCACAACAAGGUGUCCCUUUACCUCUACAACAUAUUUGACAUGCGAAACGUGACUGUCGAACGCGAGUAUGAAUUACCACCAAUUUGGGCCAAAUGUAGUUUGCGUUUCGGGCGUAACUCUUCUCCUAGCACCGACACCUACGCUCCACCCAAUGCUCUGUUUUACUCAGACCCCUCUGCGCGUGUCUUACUUUUGACAGCCAAGAAAACAGGAUCCACUGGUAAUGGCAUGCACUGGCUGUUUAUCAACGAAUCCUUCUUCAGGCCGACCAGUCAUGCCGACAGACGCUCAGUUCCAUGGAGUUACUGGAGUCAAUUUUGCCUUAUCAAGGACUUCUUGACAUUUUCCUCUAUCGGUAUCCCUCAGAUUGUUGGAAGCCGUGUCAUCUACCUUGAAAAAGACGUCUCCCACUCUACCCGCGGGCACGCACGAUCUCGUUUGCAUACCGUCGAUUUUUCCCCCCACGCUGACAUACUUACACCGCCCACUAUGACCUGGACUUUCAUCGGCAGAAUGUCUCAACUUAGGCCAAUUGAAACCCAUCGCGAAUUUCCAACUUCUACCACUAAUGGACUGGCAGUUGACCAAAUCCAUGCCACAGAAGACAAUAUCGUUGUGCUACUGGAAAAUCACGGCGAUUUGAAACCAGUCAAUGUUUUGACAUUUGGAGUUCCUACUCCCCGUACCCUUCGCCACUGA